GCUGAAGAAAAGUGUGCUGCUGUUACUGAGGAGACUCUCCAACCUGAUGCUGUGAUUGUGCCUCCUGUUGUCAUUGAAAGUCAAGCAUGUAAUGCAGAGAACCAUAAAUGUCCACCUCACACAGAAGCUAAACUCCCAGAGACCAGUAACCCUGAACUUGUGAAAAUGGCACUGCUGAUAAACCGGGGCUAUGAGAACGAUGUUGAGGUGCAGCACCAAAAGCAAACAACCUCUCAGCUGUUGCAGUUCCUUAAAGCAAAAGUUAAAAAUGUUAACCCAAUGGAGGCCAUUUGUAUGGAUUUCAGUAAGAACCGCAGUGCAGGUUUUUCACAGUCAACAGCAGCCACCGUGAAAUCACACAGCUGCCAUUUAGGACACAGUGUGACAAAUGACGUGAGAGGUACAGAUGUGCUCCGUCCACAGACUUUGCUGGCAGACAUUGAAAGCCUUGCUCCAGUCUUCAGAGAAAAGAGAAUAGAGUCAAGUGGGUCUCUCAUCUAUGCUUGUGUGAUUGCAACAAAAACUGAAUUAUGGGAUAUAGGAGACAUCUACACAGAGGUGGAAAGGAGUCCAUUUGAAAUCAAUCCCUUGGAAAAAGAAGAUGGUAGCAAUAAUCAAAUGGGUCAGGUGGAGAAGUCCUGCAUAAACCUCCAGUGGAAAACUGGGAAUCUCCAGAGUGCAGAGCCUCAGCAGAAACACAUUUCUGCUGGAGCAGAAACAGCAGUUACCAGCAGUCAAACCAUUCCAGAGUUUCAGAACCGCAGGUUUGAUGAGAUUGAAGUUGUAGUGUGUCACAUCAUAAGUCCAGACAACUUUUACAUCCAGCACGCAGACUCUGUUAUGAAAAUGCAAGAUAUUGUCACAGACAGCUGCAAAGCCAGUAGUUCAUAUGCUGAGAAGAACUGCAUUCCAGACAUUGGAACCAAAGUGAUGGGUUGGUUCCCCAAGCAAAGACAGUGGUGCAGGGCACAAGUGACAAAGAUAUGUGGCAUAAGUGAAGACUUUAAUGCCACUGUUGGUACUGGGAGUGAGGCGUCCAUUAAGGUGGAGGUGAAGAGGCUGGAUUAUGGUGACACUGGCUGCCUGUCACUGCGGAACUUGAAGGAGCUGACUCCUGAAAUGGCCGUAUUACCACUCCAAGCUCUACAGGUCUCACUUGCAAAUGUGACACCUGUGAAUGGGAGUGACUGGUCUGAGGAGGCAAUGGCCUGGUUUAGAGACAUAGUGCGCAACAGGACUCUGUAUGCUAGACUGUACCCACAGGGGCCCAAAAUAACAGUGGAGCUCUUCUUGGAGAAGGGAAAACUUGGAGCCAUGAGGAGGGGUGCAUCACUGUCUCUGAGGCUGGCUCAGAAUGGACACGCAAAACACGACAAACUGAAGAAUGUUGGUCUCAUAAAAAGCACUGCUCAACUUAAAAGGAAGAAACAGGAAUCUGACUGGGAGAGAUAUAUCAUCUCUUGCUAUACGCAGAAUAAAAACCAUCUGUAAAGGAGGGAACCUGGUUUGUUGGAUUGCAUGUAACAAGCAAAUGAACGACCUGUAAGGUGUAGUCACACUGUGAAGGAU